ACACGCACAGACUCUGGCUAGAGCCGCCCUUGGUGUCAGUGGCCCGGCUCCCGCGUCCGCUCCGACUGUCGUGCAUCCUCAGCACCUGUCGGUUGGUGUGUCCCGCAGCCUGCACCCCUGACUCCGUCGGGGCCAGGGAAGGCCAUGGUUUCCCUGCCCGGGCCCCCUGCGACCAACUUGCUGCGGUUUUUGUUCCUGGGGCUGAGUACCCUCGCGUCCCCCUCGCGGGCCAAGCUGGACCUGCACAUGCCCGCCAGCCUCACCGGGUUGCAGGCGGUAGAGAGCGCGGAAGUGGUGCUGCCGGCCUGGUACACCCUGCCAGGGGAAGUGUCUUCCGCUCAGCCGUGGGAGACGUCCACCGUGAUGUGGUACUUGGUACAGGAGGGGAAGGAUCCGGACCAGGUGUUGGCGUACAUCAGUGGGACCCUGUCAAACAAACCUGGAGCAUCCCUGGUCUACCCCAUGCCCUCCCGGAAUGUGUCACUGCGGCUGCAGGGCCUCCAGGAGAAAGACUCCGGGUCCUACCUCUGUUCUGUGAACGUGCACGACAGUCAAGGCAAAGAGAGGGGCCAUGGCAGCAGAAGUUUAAAACUCAAUGUGCUGGUUCCUCCAGCUCCUCCAUCCUGCCGUCUCCUGGGCGUGCCCCGUGUGGGGACCAACGUGACCCUGAGCUGCCAGUCCCCAAGGAGUAAGCCCGCUGCCCAGUACCAGUGGGAGCGGCCACCCCCAUCCCCUCAGGUUUUCUUUGCACCAGUUUUAGAUGCCACCCGCGGGUCUUUAAGCCUCACAAACCUUUCCACUUCCAUGUCCGGAGUCUACAUCUGCAUGGCCCACAAUAAGGUGGGCAGUGCCCAGUGCAAUGUGACCCUGGAAGUGAGCACAGGGCCUAGAGCUGCGGUGGUUGCUGGAGCUGUUGUGGGAACCCUGGCUGGAUUGGGGCUGCUGGCUGGACUGGUCAUCUUGUACCACCGCCGGGGCAAGGCCCUAGAGGAGCCAGCCAAUGAUAUCAAGGAGGACGCCAUUGCUCCUCGGACUCUGCCCUGGCCUAAGGGCUCAGACACAAUCUCCAAGAAUGGGACCCUUUCCUCUGUCACCUCAGCACGAGCCCUCCGGCCACCCCAAGGCCCGGCCAGGCCUGGUGCACUGACCCCCACACCCAGCCUCUCCAGUCAGGUCCUGCCCUCCCCAAGGCUGCCCAGGACAGAUGGGGCCCACCCCCAGCCAAUAUCCCCCAGCCCUGGGGGAGUCUCUUCCUCUGCUCUGAGCCGAAUGGGUGCUGUCCCUGUGAUGGUGCCCGCCCAGAGUCAAGCUGGGUCUCUGGUGUGAUGGCCUAGCCAUCUGGUUUCUCUUCUUCCUAUAGGGGUUACCCCUAGCACAGAGGCCUGAGUUUUGGGAGGGUGGCCACCUUCCAGACCUCCAGUCCUCUGUCCCCACCUUUCUUUACUGUGGGAAAACUGAGUUUCAGUUAAGACCCAAACUUCCAGGAGGCAGAAGAGGAGGAAGUGGACCUGGGAUUAGGAAGAGCCUUGGCCCCCGCCCCCCCCCCCCCCCCAGUCCUCUCUGUGACUGCAGUGGAAUGCUGCUGAGAUUGGCUGCCCCCCAGGGCCCUGGUGGAGACUGCCAGUCAAUGAGUCCUCCAGGCCCCCUUGAUCUGUCCUCGACCCCUAUCUAACAUCAUCCUUCACUCCCACUCCAGCUCCCUGCAUUAAUAUAACCUGUCCUGGUUAUAUUGGCUUGGUUGGGUUUUUUUGGAGCAGG